AUGGAUGAGCAGGUGUUCAAGGGGGACCCAGACACCCCUCAUUCCAUCUCCUUCUCAGGAAGUGGGUUCCUCUCCUUCUACCAGGCUGGGGCUGUAGACGCCCUGAGGGACCUGGCCCCACGGAUGCUGGACACGGCCCAUCGCUUCGCAGGGACAUCUGCAGGUGCCGUGAUUGCAGCCUUGGCAGUCUGCGGGAUUGAAAUGAAUGAGUACCUCAGAGUCCUCAACAUGGGUGUGGCUGAGGUGAAGAAAUACUUCCUGGGGCCAUUGUCCCCAUCCUGCAAGAUGGUGCCCAUGAUGAGGCAGUUUUUGUAUCAGACUCUGCCUGAGGAUUCUUACAAAGUCGCCUCCGGGAAGCUGCAUGUGAGCCUCACCCGGCUUUCAGAUGGAGAGAAUGUGGUGGUUUCAGAGUACACUUCCAAGGAAGAGCUCAUCGAGGCUCUGUAUUGCAGCUGCUUCGUCCCUGUGUACUGCGGCCUCAUCCCUCCAACCUACCGUGGUGAGAGGUACAUCGAUGGGGGCUUCACCAGCAUGCAGCCCUGCUCCUUCUGGACCGAUUCCAUCACCAUCUCUACCUUUAGUGGACAGCAGGACAUCUGCCCCCGAGACUGCCCUGCCAUCUUCAACGACUUCCGCAUGUUCAACUACUCCUUCCAGUUCUCCCUGGAGAACAUCACCAGAAUAAACCACGCACUGUUCCCCCCGGACCUGCAGGUCCUGCACAAUUACUACUACCGAGGGUACGAGGAUACAGUUUUAUACUUAAGGCGGCUGAAUGCUGCUUAUAUUAAUUCUCCUUCCAAGAGAGUGAUUUUCCCCCGGGUAGAAGUAUACUGCCAGAUCGAACUCGCCCUCGGUAGUGAGUGCCCGGGACAGCCAUGCCACCAAGCAGAGCAGACUGAUGUGGAAGAAGCCAUGCAACUUCACACCCAUUGGGCUCCCAAAGGGGAUGGGAAGGGUGGCCAUAGUCCACUCAUGUCCACACCCAUGCAGACUCCUGAACCCACAUGUGAGUCACCAGAUUCUGCACCUGUAUCUUCAUUCGAGCCCCCACCUGCACCGCCGCAGGUCUCAUCAUCUUCACAUUCUCCAACUGACUUAGCACCCCCAGCUGAGCAAUUACUGCCUAGCUUAACACCUGACUCAUCACUCGCCCUCACACCACCUGAGCUGUCACCUGUGUUACCACAGAAGCAGGAACAACCCUCUGGACCACCUUGCAGACCUCCAUCUUCUGAGUUAUCCUCCUCACCCAGACCACACCUGGGGACUUCAACCGUGAAAGCACUUCAAACAGCACCCCAAUGUUCUCCUUCAGCAUCACCUGUAGAGGAACUGGACCCAGAACAACCUCAAGCUCCCCUUGCCUCUUCAAAUCCCCAAAGUGCCACACCUCUGGUUAAUAUGAAGGAAAUCAUCUGCAAGCCUUGUGUGAUGGAGAUCCCUGCUGAAGACUCAAACUGGGUGACCAAGAUGUUCAAGAAGAGCAAACAAAAGACAAAUGGCACUAGGAAAGGCUUCUCAAGACAUCUACGAUGCAAAAAAUCAAGUGGCAGAGAGCAGUGA